AGCCAGCGCACUGGAAAUGACGCUAGAUGCUUGUUCUUGCUUGCGAAAGCUUACAUCUGCUUGCACGGCCUUCAUCAUCGCUGGCACGGCCUCAUCAGCGCUUCCGCAGCUUUCGUAAAUCGCCUUUGCCGUAUUAUCGCCGGCUAUCGAUUUCUGCGUUCGCCCUCCACCACACAGCAGCACCAGACUAACCAAAGCCUUCAGGUUCCUAGUCAAUCUUCCCAUUACUAACAGUAUGAGCAACAGAGGGCAGAGCCGCGGCGGUGGCCGAGGCAGAGGCGGCGGCGGACGGGGCGGUGCUGGCAGCCCUGCAGGCCGAGGAAGCCCAGCUCCUGGCCGCGGCGCGCAACCUACAGGCUCAGCGCUGCUGCGGGCGAAUUUCAAGGCUGUCAGGACGACAAAGAAGACGCUUUUCGAUUACGAGGUGGUUAUCGAACCCAAGGGAAAAGCCGCCCGCGCCGAUCGUAAGGCCCGUAUUAUGCAGCUCUUGGAGGAGCACCCGGAAUAUAGACCGCAUGUGGGCUACGUUGCUCACGACCAGGCCCAAAGGCUCAUAUCUGCAGCGAAGUUGCCUCAGCCGCUAUCUAUGCAGGUCCAAUACAGGGAAGAAGGAGAGAAUACAGCCCGAGAUAAUGCCAUGAUAUUCACUGUCGACAUCAAAUUCAAGCGCGAGCUCGACAUGGCUCCCUUGGACAACUACAUGAGUGGCCGUCCUGAAUCAGAGACUUAUGAUACACUUCCACUCGUCUCCGCUUUGAAUCUGGUCCUGCAGCAACAUGCACAAAGGAAUGGGUUCCGCGUCGGGAAGAACCGUUACUUCUUCCGGGCUUCCUCCGAACGGCAGGCGCUCAGUCUCGGUGUCGAAGCCUGGAGAGGGUUUUUCAUCUCCGUUCGCCCUAUGUAUAAGCAACUUAUGGUCAACGUGAACGUCUGCAUGACUGCGUUCUAUACACCGGGCAAUCUCGCCGUAGCGAUGGAAGAGUUCCAGCGCAACACUGGCGGUGGUAUGCCGAGAGCGUUCGCAGAGAAGCUGAGAGUUGCGACCACUCAUCUCGGAUACGCGAGAAAGAAAGCCAUCUUGCGCAUCACGAACCAAACUCCUAAACAGGCUCGCUUUGACUGCCAGGAACUCGGAGGAAUGGUUACUGUCGAAGAGUAUUUCAAGCGCAAGUACAAAAUUACACUUCGCCAUCCCAAUCUACCCGUUGUUGACAUCGGCAGCAAGCAAAAGCCGAAUCUGAUACCACCUGAGCUUUGCGAGAUCUUCCCAGGUCAGGCUUAUCGGGGUAAACUCAGUCCCACGGAGACGGCUGAGAUGAUAAAAUAUGCGUGCAACCCGCCAAUCGUUAAUGCUAUGUCAAUCCGUGACCAAGGCAUGCCUGACCUUGGUCUGAACCCAGCGUCCAAUACGCUCAAUGGGUUCGAAGUGUCGGUAUCCACCGAGAUGACUGUCAUCCCGAGUCGCGUCCUCCCACCGCCGGCUAUCACCUACCAGACGGGCAGGCCCAGUCCUCGCGACGGCAGCUGGAACAUCUUGAAUGUGAAGUUUCAUGUCGGCGGAAACAUGUCGAACUGGGCGGUAUUGUUAGUUCAGGAGGGUCGCCGCGACGAGUUCAGCGGCACGAACGAUCCGGAUCUUAUGCCUUUCCUCCGCACAUUCUCGGAGAAAUGUAGAUCGAGUGGCAUGAAUGUCGGCCAAGGCCCUCCGAAGGUCAUGGCUACUGGGAAACUGCCUCCGCCUAACCGUGAUUCCAAUAGGCGGCAGGCACUGGAGCAGAUUCGCCAGACGCUGAUCAGCAACUUGGACCGCAACAAGAAACCAAGCUUCAUCCUCGUUCUCUUGUCUGGCGUUGAUAAUUUUAUUUAUCCUGGGAUUAAGCGGCUUGGCGACGUGGACAUGGGCCUACAUACAGUGCACAUGCUCCUCAAUAAGGCUCGCGGUGAUCCCAGGAGACCGAAUCCCGGCAAGCAAGAUCAGUAUUUCUCGAACGUUGCUCUGAAAGUGAAUAUCAAGCUAGGCGGCAUAAAUCACAAGCUGGAUCAGAAUGCGAUGAGCUGGUUGACGAAGUCAAAAACGAUGGUUGUCGGUAUCGACGUGACUCACCCAGGACCGUCAAGCGCUAAGGGAACGCCCUCGAUCGCUGCUGUUGUCGCCAGCAUCGACAAUAACUUCGUUCACUAUCCUGCAAGCCUCUCACCUCAGAAACCAGAUUGGAAUAGGGACGCCAAGGAGAUGGUGGAGAAUCUCUCCGCGAUGAUGAUUGAGCGUCUGCAACUUUGGCAGAAGAAGAAUAAGUCCCUCCCGGACCGCGUUAUCAUCUUCCGCGACGGUGUUUCAGAGGCUCGUGGCCAAUAUGAUCUCGUCAUUCAAGAGGAAUUGCCACGGAUUCUGGAUGCAUUUAAACGUGUUUCUCCUUCAUAUCGACCCAAACUCACUAUAACGAUCUGUGGGAAACGUCAUCAUGCUAGAUUUUUCCCCACGGACAAGAAGGACGCGUCGAAGAAUGGUAACACGCUUCCCGGUACGGUCGUCGAUAAGGGGAUCACGGACGUGUACGGUUUUGAUUGGUAUCUGCAGGCACACUCAGGACUACAGGGCCACGUUCGACCUACGCACUACUACGUUGUCUACGACGAUUCCCAGUUCAGUGCGGACACUUUACAGCAGGGCACUCACACCGCCAGUUACCUCUACGCACGCGCCACCAAGGCCGUUAGUUUGGUUCCUCCCGCGUAUUACGCUGACCUCGCAUGCGAAAGGGCCAGGUAUUAUUUGAACACCCUACUCAAUCUGGCCGACCAGCAGUCGUCGACAGGAGGGAGCACAAGUGGCCGGCUUUCCGAUGAGGAGGAGAGACAGCGCAAUUUCGAUGAGGCGAUCAAAAUGUGGGGUAAUGGAAUCCAUAGCGAUCUCAAGGAGUCCAUGUUCUACAUUUGAACCUCACGCGCCGAGCGUGUCGGACGUGAUUGCCUUGGAUGCUGAGAUUCCUGGCUGACGUUACAACAACAUGUUUCUGUAUUCAUGUACAAUAUCGGGCUUUCGAGCCUCGUGCUUGGGUAUGCAUUAGCGUGGAUGUGCUCAUGAAUCACGGGCAUAGACCACUGACCGUUGAUGGCUCUGGAG